AUGCGUAAUGAUCUCUCUGCUACAUUUGGCCAUUAUUCUAAUGGGGUUAGAGAUGUGCCUAAGCAAGAGCACUUCCAUGGAAAUACAAAUGAAGCAAUGAAGAAUACUUCAGUCAAAUUAUAUUACAAAAUCUUGGAUGAACUUUUCAAAAGGCCAGCAUUACUUGUUGCUACAGCAUCAAAGUUUGGCAAGGAGUUCGAUAAUUUCGUGCUUGAUUUCGUGCAGGCUUCAUACAUAGGCUUGUUUACUCCAGACGAUGUAUAUUUUGGAAAGAUCAUGCCUAUUUACUUUCCACAAGCCAAAAUCUCUGUUGAUCAUCAACAGGAGAAAUGUGAAAUCGCUCCUGCUGAAGUUGAGACCAAAAUCUGUGCUAGAGAUAUGGAAUCAAUGCUUGAUUAUGUUCAUCGAGUCUUCGGUUCAGACAGCGAGUUCAAGGCUGUCGAAACGAAGCACUCCAUGAUAUCGGCUCCAUUAUUACAAGACUAUAUUGUGUUGGAAGAUCCUCAGGAGAUUAAGGGUCCUGGAAUUGUGAUUUGUCAUCCCAUGUAUGAAGAUUUCUUCUGUCAUUAUGAUGCUGAUGCUACAAAGGUUCUGAAAGUCUCACUCGGAGGUAAUAAUGGAGAUAAAGUUGAAGCUAUUGGCAUUUGCCAUAUGGAUACUUCAGGGUUGAGCCAUGAUCAUAUUGCGUUUCGCUUGCUACCGAUCAAGCUUGGUUCUCCGCUCUGCCAUUUCUUAGCUGCAGGUCAUCUUGUUUGGGUUCAGUCAGCUGCUGUUUCCCAAGGCCUCUUAAUUAAUUAA